CCUGGUCCUCGCGGCCACCGCGCCCCACGGUCGCUGUCGCAGAGGGAGAGCAAGCAGCCCCUCCCACCCGGAGCAGCCCCCGGGAUGCAGCCGCUCCCGCCGCCGGUGCCCGGGCCCCUGGCCCUGCUGGACACGACAGAAGGGUUUGCGAGAAGAAAGAAGACUUCCCUGUGGUUUGUGGGGUCUCUGCUGGGUUGUGUGUCCACCUCCAUCCUGACCGUCGGCCUCGCCGCCACCACCAGGACGGAGAACGUGACCAUGGGCGGCUACUACCCCGGGAUCAUUCUGGGCUUCGGAUCUUUCUUAGGAAUUAUUGGCAUCAACCUGGUGGAGAAUAGAAAGCAAAUGGAGCCCAGGCCCCUCACCGCAGGAAGGUGCCAGUUUUACUCCAGUGGGGUCGGCUACCUGCACGACGUCUACCAGACAGAGGUCACCUGCCACUCCCUGAACGGUAGGUGCCAGCUGAAGGUGAAGAGUGACACCUGCUACUGCUGCGACCUCUACGACUGCCAGAGCGCCGAGCACCCGCCCACCUACUACGAGUUCGUGGGCGUCCGCGGCUGCCAGGACGUGCUCCACCUGUACCGGCUGCUCUGGGCCUCGGCGGCGCUGAACGUCCUAGGCCUGUUCCUGGGCAUCGUCACCGCGGCCGUCCUGGGGGCCUUCAAGGACAUGGUCCCGCUGUCCCAGCUGGCCUACGGCCCGUCCACAGCGCCUCAGGUCCUCUACAACCCCGCCCAGCAGAUCCUGGCCUACACGGGCUUCUGCCCGGUGCCCCCGGCUGUCCCCACCUGCUCGUCGUACCCGCUGCCCCUCCAGAACCUGAAGAUCAAAGCCAUGCAGCAAAAGCGGCGAGCGGACCACAGCAGGCACGGUGACGGGCACAGGGACAGCACUGCAGCCCGUGGAGACUGUGCCUGCGGUGUCUGUGUCACCACAGUGUCAGUGAAAAAAGAAUUAAACAUUUAUGUUCCAUGAUGUGAUAUUAAACAUCACAAGGAUGCUCUAGGUUUGCACGUACAAAAGCAAAGACUGAAGGAGUGACGUGUGUUUUGUAUGAGGUGGUGCGAUUAGGGGUCAAUGGUUCUUUUCUAAAAACCCUUCAGUGACGUGGUGACGCUUUUGACAAUUAAAGACAGAAAGGGGACAGUGACACAACGUCGUGAGAGGAUGGCCCGACUUGCUAAGGAGGAGGGAGCAGGCCCCACGUCCUCCGAGCUGGACAGGCCCUCCUUGAACUUGCAGGCCACCGGGGCAGUGAGGUCUGAAGGAGGGAGCAGGCCACCUGCCCUCCUGGGCUGACAAGCAGGGCCGUGGCGCGGGGGUCACGUGUGUGCCUUCAACCAUGAAAGGCUGAGAGUCUAGGAACAGAGAGGGGCUGGGGGUACCCCGGGGACUCUCGCAGGGUGAGAGUGUGGAGGGGGGAGCAGAGCCGGGAAAGGGGGCCUUGGCAGCAAUGGCGGGAGCCUGGCAGGAGUGGGCUACGGAGAAGGGGAGGGGGGCGACCCUGGAGUCUCCCUGGACCAGGUGUCCACCUGGGACCGCCAGGCAGCCCGGGCUCUGGACGCCUUCCCGACCCUCAGAAAGAGGCACGCGGUUCUGUGCGAGGUGUCCCUGGGCCAGGACCCAGGGCUCUCCCAACAUCCUCAACUCGAAAGUCACUAAGGCCCGUGAGCCCAGGCACGGUGACACCUCAGGGCUCCAGCUGGUGCCCCCUGGGAAACAGAGGUUAACUUCAACCCUGUCUGAGGGGAAGUUGGGGAAAUUCUGGGUCCAGACUCAAACGGAACCGCCACCGUCCCCCCCCCCCUCGAAGUCUGCACUGUCCAGGCUGACAUCCUCAGAGCAGAGGUGGCAACGGUACCGCCGGGAUUUGGCACAUGCACUCAUUUCACAUAAAGCUGACAUCUAAGUGCUCAUUUAUCAGCACGGGAGGAUUAUUUCUCUUUACUGUAAAAGUUGUCACUGAUGGAUAAUAAAAGGCAAGAGAUAGCUGUGGUUUGUUCCAGGAAUUAAGGGCCCUGCUUUGCAGAGGCCGGAGGGACUCUGGGUCGACCCUGUGUCCCCUGCAGCAGCACUGGCCCACAGCUGCCCGCUCCGCCCGCUACAAGGCCUGCUCCUCUGUCUCCGGGUGUAAAGGAGAAGCUCCUUUGUUGCUUUCCACACCGGCUGGGAAGCCUCAGUUCUGUGUGGCGUCUCUCCUUCUCCUCCUUCUGCAGCUUGAGCUCAGGGACUCCUUGAGGUGUCGCUCCCUCCCCACGGCCCACAGCGCUGUGACUGCAAUGCUGGGCGUUUCCGAGCGGCCCCAUGGCCCCAUCUACAUCUACGUGUCUGAGCCUGAGCCUGUCUUGUCUCAGAACCUUCUGCGAAGCUCCCCUUAGAGCCCUGCAUCCGCCUGGCCUGCCGUCUCAGCCACCAAGCACCGGCACCCUCCUCCGUCCCUUUUUUUCCCAGCCCUGCGCCCUGGAAGUGGGCCUGCGCCCCCACCCUGUAGCCCGGGGGCCACGAGGCCGUCCCUCAUGCCGCCUUCCCAGGUAGGAAACUGGCUCCUGCUUCUCUGGUUUUUAGUGUAUUUCAGCUUAUUUUGGCUGGAAGGACAAGCACGGCCAUCCCGAUGCAGGA